AUGGCUACGAAGUCCACCUCGACAUCCCCCGGAGCCAGUGUGCUCCCUCCACAAGAUUUCUUGCUCCUCGUCAAGUGGCAAAAGGAGCAUGCCCCUGGAUCUGACAUCGGACAGGUCUGCGAUGCAUUAGAGUACUAUCGCUUCAUCAAACAUCGCGAUGCACUCAUCGGCGGCAACAUACCACCUCCAGUUCCUUACAGGUCUCACACUGCCUCAGAAUGUGGGCAUGCGUAUCAUCCGUCAGACAUAAGUAUGAACGAGCUAUGCCCAGUCUGCGAAGUUGCAGCGCAUCUUUCUUUCUUACAGGCCAUUACUGUGGCAUGGAACAAAGUUGGUGGACCAAGACUAUUACCGGGGAUAUAUGUUACGAAGAAGUCUGGGGUAUCUCUACGGGCGGGCUGGCACAUGGCACGACUACAGUUGCAGGAGCUCCUCGAUAUGUUCGACAUCUUGGUCAUGUACGAAGAAGACUGGGAGGCCAAACAUCCGUUCGAAGCAGCGGCUGCUCGAAGAACGAACUGCGCCUCAGCAGCCAUCAAAUUAGCGCAGGAAGAAUCUACAUAUCCUGCACAUCUGUCUCCGCCGACUACAAACACAAACAAGACGAAACCAAUCCGAGCGAAGAAGACAGUCACAUUCGCCGCAGAGGUCCAUACCAAAGAUGACGGAUACAUCUCAAGAUCCGCCACGAGAUUCACCCACGACCGACCACGCAACGUAUACUGCCGUUCCAGUCUCACAUACGAACCCGGCGAGCACGUCUGCCCUGCAAACUCCGAGUACAUUGACACAUCGCAAGCGAGCCUCGUAUGCGCCAAUAUCAGCAACCUCAAAAUCUACAUCACCGACGACGAAGGCGCCUUCGAUGGGCUGCAAGCAAACCCACAAUUCUAUGGCGAGUUUGUUGGCGAUCAUCAGGGAAUCGUGGGCUUGCAUGAGCGUGUGGAUGAUAUCUCUCGGCUCAUGCAUACUUUCUUGACGCAGGAUGAGCACAGAGGGAGUAUUUGGAGGUAG